UUUAUCUCAUUCUUAGCUACGCUAGUUCAUCGUAGUGACGGCGGCAUCAAUUUCUGUAUUAAUUAAACCAUUUGUCGCAAAAACUGCGCGUCCUUUGCCUUUCUACGGUUAAAAUUUUGAUUAAAGUUUUAAAUUGUGUUAAAUCGUGAUUUAAAUGGCAUCAGACGAAGAAGUAGAUGGUUCUUUUGCAGGGGACGAAGAUGUAGAAGAAGGUGAAGGCCAGAAUGAGAACUCUGCAGAAAGUGAUGAAGCUCCACCAAAGGAGGAUGAUGACUAUUCUCCAGAAGAUGGGAGAAAGAAGAAAAAGGGAAAGAAAAGAAAAGCCAGAGGCGAAGAAAAGAAAGGAAGAAAGAAGAAAAAGAAGCGAAAGAAUGAGAGUGAAGAAGAUGAAGAUUUUGGUAUGGAAAUGGAGGCUGAAGGUGAUAGUGACUAUGCAUUGAGUGCAGUUUCAUCCGGCAAGAAGUCACGCAAGGGUCGUGGAAGCAAGCACAACACAUCAACUCCAGCCGCUUCUGAUUCAGGAUCUGGUAUGCCCACCGUGGAAGAAGUGUGUUCAUCAUUUGGUCUCACAGAUGUAGAUAUUCAGUAUUCAGAUGCAGAUCUCGAAAACUUAACCAGUUAUAAGCUAUUCCAGCAACAUGUGCGACCAUUUAUUGUUAAGGAAAAUCCAAAGGUACCAGUGUCGAAACUGAUGAUGUUGGUCGCAGCUAAGUGGCGACUAUUUUGUGAGACAAACCCUCACUUGGACGGAGGUAAUAAUCAGAAUAUUGGUGGUUCUGAAGAAAAUACAAACACUUCGACGGUCUCAGAUUAUCCGCCUAAGAGGAGUGGACGUCCGUCUAAAGAAAAGCUGAUAGAUGAGUAUAUAGACGAGCCAGAAGAGGAAGAGGACGACAUGAUCAGUGAUGAGAGCACACCAGCGCCACGUAAACGCGGCAGGAAGCCGAAACAUGGCAAUACGUCCACGCCUAGAGGAAAGCCGGGUCGCAAGCCCAAAGUACCCACGCUCAAAAUUAAGUUCAGCAAGCGCAAACGGACUAGUAGUGAAGAAGACCAGGAGAACAGCGCAGGGGCGAAUUCUGACUCGGACGCGGAGUUCGAACAGAUGUUGGCCGAAGCCGAUGAACCCAAAACUGCUCCCAGUGUGGCCGAAGAGACCACUCCACCGAAAGAGGAGGAUCCCAAUUUACCUCCCCAGCCCAAGAAGAAAGCGAAGACGAAAAUUGGUAACAAAACAAAGAAGAAGAGGAACAAAUUGAAGACAACAAACAAGUUCCCAGAUGGUACCGAAGGAGAACAUGAACAUCAAGAUUAUUGUGAGGUGUGUCAACAAGGUGGUGAAAUUAUCCUCUGCGACACUUGCCCUCGUGCAUACCACUUGGUGUGUCUGGAACCAGAACUGGAGGAGACUCCCGAGGGCCGCUGGUCCUGUCCUCAUUGCGAGGCUGAAGGGACCCAGGACCAGGAUGAUGAUGAUGAGCAUCAGGAGUUCUGUAGGAUUUGUAAAGAUGGCGGUGAACUGCUCUGUUGUGACUCUUGUCCUUCGGCAUAUCAUAGAUUCUGUUUAAACCCGCCCUUGGAUGAAGUACCAGAUGGAGAUUGGAAAUGUCCGCGCUGCAGUUGUCCGCCGAUGGAUGGUAAAGUGGCAAAGAUUUUAACAUGGCGUUGGAAGGAGCACACCGGCAAGACUAAAGCGCCUCGCUCUCGGGAGUUCUUCGUGAAGUGGCACGAAAAAUCUUAUUGGCAUUGUAGCUGGAUUUCAGAGAUACAGUUGGACGUGUUCCACCCGCUAAUGUACCGCUACUACAUGCGUAAAUCGGACCCUGAAGAACCACCGAAGCUCGAUGAAGGCAUGGAGGAGCGAGAAGGACGAAGACGCAAUAGUAGACAUGUGCAACAAUCUGAUUUGAAUGAGAAAAUGUUGGAUGAGCAGUAUUACAGAUAUGGUGUCAAACCUGAAUGGCUGAUAGUCCACCGAGUGAUAAACCACCGGACAUCCCGAGAUGGCACAACUUACUACUUGGUGAAAUGGCGAGAUCUUUCUUACGACCAGGGUACUUGGGAAUCUGAACAUGCUGAUAUUGCCGGUUUGAAAAACGCUGUCGAUUACUAUCAGGACAUGCGGGCCUACUUUACGUCCGAAGGAAAAUCUAAGGGCAGCAAGGGCAAGAAAGCCGGCAGAAAGAGCAAAAAUAGAGAAAACACUGACGAUGAUGAAAAUAGCAGUGGUGUUCAGGGCAAGGGAAGUAGGAAAUAUAACCCGCCUCCAGAUCGGCCAACAACUAAUUUGAAUAAGAAAUAUGAAGAUCAACCGCCAUACGUCUAUGAAACGGGAAUGCAGCUGCACCCUUACCAGUUAGAGGGUCUCAACUGGUUGAGAUACUCUUGGGGUCAAGGCAUCGAUACCAUCUUAGCCGAUGAGAUGGGUCUCGGAAAAACUAUUCAAACGGUCACAUUCUUGAACUCCCUGUUUAAAGAAGGACACUGUAAAGGACCCUUCUUGGUAUCUGUCCCGCUAUCUACCAUUAUUAAUUGGGAGAGAGAAUUUGAACUUUGGGCUCCGGAUUUGUAUUGUAUUACGUACGUCGGUGAUAAGGAUUCUCGAGCGGUUAUACGCGAAAACGAGUUGACGUUCGACGACGGCGCCAACAGAGGCGGGAGACCCUCGAAGAUCAAGUCCCAAGUUAAAUUCAACGUCCUGCUGACGUCAUACGAGCUGAUCUCCAUUGAUUCCACGUGUUUGGGUUCCAUAGAGUGGGCCGUCCUCGUCGUCGACGAAGCUCACAGGCUCAAGAGUAACCAGUCGAAAUUCUUCAGGCUCUUGGCCGGAUAUCAAAUUAACUACAAACUUCUCCUGACCGGUACUCCCCUGCAAAACAACCUCGAGGAACUGUUCCAUCUCCUCAACUUCUUAAAUAAAGAUAAAUUUAACGACUUAGCCGCCUUCCAAAACGAAUUCGCGGAUGUAUCAAAGGAGGAGCAGGUAAAGAGGCUCCACGAGAUGCUCGGGCCGCACAUGCUGCGUCGUCUCAAGGCCGAUGUGCUCAAGAACAUGCCCACGAAGUCAGAAUUUAUCGUGCGUGUCGAGUUAUCCCCGAUGCAAAAGAAGUACUACAAGUACAUCUUGACGAGAAACUACGAGGCGCUAAAUCCAAAGGGCGGCGGUCAGACAGUUUCGCUACUCAACGUCAUGAUGGAUUUAAAGAAGUGUUGCAACCAUCCUUACCUGUUUCCCGUCGCGGCUGAAGAGGCUCCUUUAGGCCCUCACGGUAAUUACGACACUCAGGCCUUGGUGAAAGCGUCGGGAAAACUAGUUCUUAUGUCGAAAAUGUUGAGGCAGCUUAAAGAACAAGGACACCGAGUGCUAAUCUUCUCACAGAUGACAAAGAUGUUGGACAUUUUGGAAGACUUCUUAGAAGGAGAGGGAUACAAGUACGAAAGAAUCGACGGUGGUAUCACGGGAACGAUACGUCAGGAGGCCAUCGAUAGGUUCAAUGCACCCGGUGCUCAGCAAUUUGUGUUCCUGUUGUCGACCCGAGCCGGUGGUUUGGGUAUCAACUUGGCAACCGCUGACACUGUCAUUAUUUAUGACUCUGACUGGAACCCUCACAACGACAUCCAAGCGUUCUCCCGAGCUCACCGUAUCGGUCAGGCCAACAAAGUUAUGAUUUAUCGAUUCGUAACGCGUAACAGCGUAGAAGAAAGAGUGACCCAGGUGGCCAAGAGAAAGAUGAUGUUGACUCACUUGGUCGUGCGUCCCGGAAUGGGUGGAAAAGGAGCGAAUUUUACGAAACAGGAAUUAGAUGACAUUUUACGAUUCGGUACUGAAGAAUUGUUUAAGGAAGAGGAAGGCAAAGAAGAGGCUAUUCAUUAUGACGAUAGAGCUGUAGGAGAGUUGCUCGAUCGUUCCAAAGAAGGUAUCGAACAGAAGGAAUCGUGGGCUAACGAAUAUCUUAGUUCUUUCAAAGUUGCCAGUUAUUCUACAAAAGAAGGCGAUAACGAGGAAGAAGUGGAUACCGAAAUUAUUAAACAAGAAGCCGAGAACACCGACCCAGCCUACUGGAUUAAACUGCUUAGACAUCACUAUGAACAACACCAGGAAGAUCAAGCCAGAACACUCGGAAAAGGCAAAAGAGUUCGUAAACAAGUUAACUAUAACGAUGGAAGUGUCGCUCAAACAGAAAACAGGGAAGAUUCAACAUGGCAAGAAAAUGGUUCAGAUUACAAUUCCGACUUUUCGCAAGGUAGCGAAGAUGACAAAGAAGAUGACGACUUCGAUGAAAAGAAUGACAACGGUGAUCUCAGCCGUCGAAGCAAGAGACGUCUUGAAAGACGAGAAGAAAGAGACAGACCUCUUCCGCCUUUACUUGCGAGAGUCGGUGGGAACAUGGAAGUACUUGGCUUCAACGCCAGGCAGAGAAAAUCGUUCCUCAACGCGAUCAUGCGCUACGGAAUGCCGCCGCAAGAUGCAUUUAAUUCGCAGUGGUUAGUUCGAGACUUGAGAGGUAAAUCGGAGAGGAACUUCAAAGCCUACGUAUCGCUAUUUAUGCGGCAUUUAUGUGAACCGGGUGCAGAUAAUGCAGAAACAUUCGCAGACGGCGUGCCCCGAGAGAGUCUUUCACGGCAACACGUUUUGACACGAAUUGGUGUUAUGAGUCUCAUCAGAAAGAAAGUACAAGAAUUUGAGCACAUAAAUGGGUAUUACAGUAUGCCGGAAUUGAUAAGGAAGCCGGUCGAACCCGUUAAGAUCGCAGGCGCAGAAAGUUCAGCUCCUAGUCCGGCACCGUCUUCUGCCACUCCCAGCGCAUCAGCCGCACCUUCGCCCGCCCCGACGCAGGCCGCCCAGGCUUCGGGACAAGCUCCUACACCUGGAAGCUCAGAUAAGGACGACAAAGAAGAAAUAAAAGAAGAAAAGCCUGACGUUAAGGACGCUAAAGAGAAGGAAGAACCCAUGGACACGAGCGACAUAAAGGAGGAAGUUAAAACCGAAGAAAAAGAGACAAAGAUCAAAGAAGAAGUUAAAGAGGAAAGACGAAUGUCCGUCGACGAGGAACCGCCUAAAGACGAGGAGAAAUCCGAUGACAAAAAAGAAGAUAAAGACGAGAAAGAGAAGGAUGAUGAUAAGAAAGACGACGCAAAGAGUGAGAAAGCAGAGUCUGAAGCUUCUGAGAAACCUAAAGAAGAGAAAAAAGACGAGGACGACGAUGACGUGGUUCUCGUGAAAGAGGAGGAGGAUCUGAAGGUAGAGCGUCGCAAGUUUAUGUUCAACAUUGCCGACGGAGGUUUCACAGAGCUUCACACGUUGUGGUUGAACGAGGAGAGAGCGGCGGCACCGGGUCGAGAAUAUGAAAUAUGGCACAGACGACACGACUACUGGCUUCUGGCUGGUAUUGUCACGCACGGUUACGGAAGGUGGCAGGACAUUCAAAAUGACCUACGGUUUGCCAUCAUUAACGAGCCGUUUAAGAUGGACGUCGGUAAAGGCAACUUCCUUGAGAUCAAGAAUAAGUUUUUGGCGAGACGAUUCAAACUGCUAGAGCAAGCGUUGGUAAUCGAGGAGCAACUCCGUCGGGCGGCCUAUCUCAACCUGACCCAGGACCCGAACCACCCGGCCAUGUCGCUGAACGCCCGCUUCGCCGAAGUGGAAUGCCUCGCCGAGUCCCACCAACACCUGAGCAAGGAAUCUCUUGCUGGGAACAAGCCUGCUAAUGCCGUGUUGCAUAAGGUAUUGAACCAGCUGGAGGAACUCCUAUCAGACAUGAAGUCAGACGUGUCUCGUCUGCCAGCCACAUUGGCUCGCAUCCCCCCCGUGGCCCAGCGUCUCCAGAUGUCCGAGAGGUCUAUCCUUUCGAGACUCGCCGCUACUGCUGGGAACCCAGUACCCGCCGGCCAAAUGCCACAGUUCCCCGCGGGCUUUCAGACCGGCACUCUGCCAGGUUUCUCGGCGGCUGCGACGGCGGCCAACUUCACCAACUUCCGGCCUCAGUACUCUGUGCCCGGACAACCUGCCACGCCCUCCUCCAACAAAUCAUAAGCACGCGUAGUGUACUUGCCGGAUAUUGAACACUGUUUUUGACAGCCUUUGGUGUAACGCGUUUAGACGAAUAUUUUAGUUAUAAGCUUUCCAAGAUUCCUGUUCCACCUUGGGUUCGAAAGUGAUAAUUAGUAUUUAGUACUGUUAUGUUAAGUAACAUUUUGAUAAGGUCAUUUUGAAGUGGAAUCCCGAAUCCAUGAAUUUAUUUAUUUCCUCUUAUGUGUAUGUAUCUUGUUUAUGCAUAAGUUAUAUGUGGACUUAUGAAAAUUUUAUUUUUGAUUUACCAAAAAUGAAAAAAAAUUAAUAAACAAUUAUAAUAGUA